AUGAACAGGAUAAUCUUCUUCGAGGACAGGAACUUCAAGGGCCACUCCUAUGAGUGGACCAGUGACUGUAGCGACAUGGCUCCCUUCCUGGCCCGCUGCCACUCCUGCAGGGUGGAGAGCGGCUGCUGGAUGGUCUACGACCGCCCCAACUUCAUGGGUAACCAGUACUUUGUCAGGAGGGGCGAGUACGCCGACUACAUGAGCAUGUGGGGGAUGAGUGAGUGGGUCAAGUCCUGCCGCUUGAUCCCAAUGCACAGAGGACCCUACAGAACGAGGAUCUACGGGAGGGAGAACUUCAUGGGCCAGAUGAUGGAGAUCAUGGACGACUGCGACUCCGUCACAGAACGCUACCACUGGUCCAGCGGCUUCAUGUCCUGCCAUGUGCUAGACGGCCACUGGCUCCUGUAUGAAAUGCCCCACUACAAGGGCAGGAUGUGGUACUUCCAGCCUGGAGAGUACAGGAACUUCAGGGAGAUGGUGGGAACAGGCAGCAUGAGAUUCAUGAGUAUGAGACGUAUAUUGGAUUGCUGGUAUUAA